AGCUUGGCUGGUUCUGGGUGUCACAGCAGAGCAAGAUUUAGCGCUGGGUUCGAGGAAGCUUUACCUGAAAAGAUGGGUUGUUCUCCCUUCUGCCCCUUCCUCAUCAUCUUGGGCAUCUUCUCCUCAUGUGCGGCUCGUCCCAGGGGACGUAUCCUGGGGGGGCAAGAGGCACCCCCACACGAGAGGCCUUACAUGGUAUCACUUCAGGUGAACGGGACACACGUCUGUGGGGGCUUCCUGAUUACGGACGAGUGGGUGCUGAGUGCUGCCCACUGCAUGGAGGACAUGGAUGGCGGGGAGUUUCAAGUCCUUGUGGGUGCCCAUUCGCUCUCAGCCCCUGAACCAAACAAGCGCCUGGUAGGAGUGCGUCGGCUCAUCCCCCACCCCGGCAGCAGCCGAGAGACCAACUUCGAUGACCUCUUGCUUGUCCAGCUGGAGGAGCGGGUCCCUCUGGGCCCUCACGUGAGGCUCCUGGGCUACCAGACAGAAAACCGAGACGUGCCGGCGGGCACCCGGUGCGAGGUGGUCGGCUGGGGCAUCACCAGCAACACUGGCAAGCGCCCAGACAAGCUGCAUUCUGUGGAGCUGGGCAUCAUGGACCGGACACAAUGCAACCAUCGGAUCUACCAUGACGGCAGCAUAACGGCGAACAUGAUGUGUGCCGAAUCCAAGAAGAAAGACGCGUGCAAGGGAGAUUCGGGUGGACCACUUGUCUGCAAUGGGGUUGCCGAGGGGGUUGUAGCCACUGGUUCCCGCAUUUGUGGCAACUGGAAGAAACCUGGCAUUUAUACCCGGAUCCCACCCUACGUUGCAUGGAUAUCUGGCAUCUUGCACCAGCCAAUUAACCAACAAUAAGAGGCGGCAUGGUUUAAAAAAAUGUAGUCUGGAUAUUUUUCAUCACCAAGACCAUGAGAUGCUGGAUGGACUUUUGGGAGUUAACACCCAUUGAGAAAGGAGCCACAUUAAGAGAGAUUGUCAUAGCUGCAGAAAAAAUGGAGGCUUUUCCAUUUUCUUUUCUGGGUAUGUACCUUACUUCAUAACUAGCUAAUGGGUUGGUAUGGUAGAAAGACAGGAAUCAAAUGAAACUAGAAAACAUCCAAAAUUGUAUGGCGAGAAGGAGAAUCAUGAUUUUAGGAUGUAUGUGUUGUUUGUUCUUCACUUUCCUGUUAAGAUAGCUCAAAUGAGUUUCAGACUUGUGCUGAAAUUUUUCCAGGCUUUUUACAGGAACACUGUAAAAACUGGAUCAUGCAGCUCUUAACAUUUAUUAACUGUUUUUAAGCACUUAUGAAACAUAUAAUCUUUACUCUGCAACUGUGCCUAGGUAAACUUUAAAAAGUUAUGUUAGCCAGCAAAAAACCCUCUAAAAAUCUGUCUGCAAGAAUAAAUGCUCUGAAUGAUAUGUAA